UGUAACAAUAUGGCUGCCUUCUGUAAAGGCAGGAGCCGGUUUAAACGUGUACUGCUCCAACAAACUUUAAUAAGAAACUUAACAGGGAAAUUUGACUAUGAUCUCGUGGUUAUUGGUGGUGGUUCUGGGGGCCUGGCGUGUUCAAAAGAAGCCGCUCAGUUUGGGAAGAAAGUUGCCGUCCUCGACUAUGUCGAACCCUCUCCAAAAGGCACGAAGUGGGGUCUUGGUGGAACCUGCGUGAACGUUGGUUGUAUUCCUAAGAAACUCAUGCACCAGGCUGCUUUACUGGGAACAGCUGUGAAGGAUGCCAGGAAGUAUGGAUGGAACAUCCCUGCUCCUGUAUCGCAUGACUGGCCCACUAUGGCUGAGGCCGUACAGAAUCAUGUGAGGUCCCUCAACUGGGGCCACCGUGUCCAGCUACAAGACAAGAAAGUGAAGUAUUUUAACUUGAAAGGCAGUUUGGUGGACGAACAUACCAUCAGAGGAGUUAGUAAAUCGGGGAAAGAGACGGUCCUGACGGCGGCUAACGUUGUGAUCGCGACGGGAAUGAGGCCCAAGUUCCCCGCCGACGUCCCGGGGGCAGUGGAACACAGCAUUAGCAGCGAUGAUCUCUUCUGGCUCAGAGAGUCUCCGGGGAAGACGCUUGUGGUCGGUGCCAGCUACGUGGCGCUGGAGUGCGCGGGGUUUCUGACGGGCAUCGGACUGGACACCACCGUCAUGGUGCGCAGCAUCGCCCUCCGGGGGUUCGACCAGCAAAUGGCGGGUCUGGUGACAGACUACAUGGACUCUUACGGCACCAAGUUCUCCUGGGAGUGCGUUCCCAACAAGGUGGAGAAGCUGGCGUCGGGGGCGCUGCGGGUGACGUGGGAGGACCCGGGUUCGAGGGCCGAGGCGAAGGACACCUUUGACACGGUGCUGUGGGCCAUAGGCAGAGCCGCCGAAACCGGAACGCUCAACCUGGAGAAGGUCGGCGUGGCGCUCGAGGAGGACUCCGGCAAAGUGAUCGUGGACGACUGCGAAGCGUCGUCUGUGCCCAACAUCUACGCCAUCGGAGAUAUCGGGGAGGGUCGUCCUGAACUCACCCCUGUCGCCAUUAAAGCUGGGAGGCUUCUUGCCCGAAGACUGUUUGGUGCAUCGAGGGAACUCAUGAACUACAACAAUAUCCCCACCACGGUGUUCACCCCGCUGGAGUACGGCUGCGUGGGGCUGUCUGAGGAGGAGGCGGAGAGACGGCACGGGAAGGACGCCAUUGAGGUCUACCAUGCGUUUUACAAGCCCCUGGAGUUCACCGUGGCAGAGAGAGAUGCCAGCCAGUGUUACAUUAAGGCGGUGUGUUUGAGAGAGGGAGACCAGCCCAUCCUGGGACUGCACUUCACUGGCCCCAAUGCUGGAGAGGUCACACAGGGAUUCGCCCUGGGCUUCCAGUGUGGGGCCACCUACCGCCACCUGCUGGCCACGGUGGGGAUCCACCCCACCUGUGCCGAGGAGGUGAUCAAACUGAACAUCACCAAGCGCUCCGGCCUGGAUCCCAUGGUAACGGGCUGCUGAGGUUAAGCCCCUCCCUGAAGCCCUGAGCACACAGGAAGCUCCGCCCCCACCUCGUUACUGAGCGCUAGCGCUCUCCGCCCUCCGUCAUUCCACUGAACACCAGCCAUGUUAACACCCUCCCAAAUCUGCCCUCCCGCACCCCCCCCCCUCUUCCCCAGCACCCUACUGAACACCAGCACAGCUAACACGCUAAUCUCAGCGCUUAGCUUUUCCCCACGAACGUUUUUUUUAAAUCCGCGCUUCUGGCGCAGUGUAAACCUGAGAUUUGCAUCGCUUUCCGAGACAGAUUAUCAGUCACUUCCUCCGCUCGCGUUCAUGAGCAAGGACUGGAAUAUCAUCCAAAAUUAGGGCCCCUACGUUUAAAAAAAAGGAACCAGGAAACCGCAAACAGGAGUGCCUUGAUAAACAGGCCCAUAAAUCAGCGUGAGCUCCGCUCCAGUCCGUUGAAAUGGGACUGUUAAAAAAAAAGGGCGGCUUAAAUGUUUUUCGAGCUCCGCUCCGCAAAUAUUGCCCUUGCUCCGUCUGUACUUCCUGUCCGUGGGUCUCGGGCGAGGCCCGCGUGGCGGCCCCGGCGACACUGAUGGGUGGGGGAGGGCCGUCGCCGCGGUGACACCACUCGGGUUUCCCAUGGACGCAGACAAACAUUCGGGGAGCCGGCUGUCAGUCUCAGGGUUGGAGGGUCUGUCGGGGCGGGGUAAAGUGCGUGCUUGUUUAGGUUACGGACCCCCGCGCCCCCCCCCCAGUACUCGCAGGAAUACAGCCCAAACACAAUAACACUUUCUGUCUGCCUCGGCCCUGCAAGUCUUCGGCGAGCCUAAAUGUGUGGGUCUAAAAAAUGAAUGGAAGAAGUUGCCUGCAGUAAAACCGUGGUAAUUACACGAUCCUCCAGGAGGUGGUGCUGUUGCCUUGUUUCCGUCACACUCAGCAACACGCCAUUCAUGAUUUUGCAGCUUGAUUAAGGAAAAGACAAAGAACCCCCUUACAAAGUCAUAAUACGAAUCCGGUCAUCCAAUAUGAGGUCUUAUCUUACGUUUUAUCAGGACGGAGGAAUGAAGGAAUGGACAAAAUUAAAAAUGCAUGGACUGACUGAAAUGUGUAGUACAUUUAUGAUUAACAGAAUUUCCUGACGGGAAACUCUACAGGCAAACUGGGGGGGGGGGGGGGUCAUACAUUUUUUAUCCUGUCAACUAGUUUUCAUUUAAAUCAAAGCAAGCCAAACAUAUGCAUAUACACCCCCUCCCCCCCCUACAAAAAAACUGGCCUGGAUAUGGAUAGAGUUGUGUGUGGGUGGUGGGGGGGGGGCAGAACAGGAGGUGCUGGUUUAUUUUUGUUUGAAGUCUAAUCUGUGAGCUCUGAUUAAUGAUGGUGGGGGGGGGGCAUGCUACCAUGCUUGUUUGUACCUGGACGGAGAUUCCUGUAUGUUCUCUUCAGGGACGGGCUGCUGACGGAGGAACCCUAACCCUCCCCUCCUCGUGUGGGGGCCAGUAGCCUGGCACGGUCACCCCAAAAAUAAAGCGCACACUCAGGGCUGGGGCGCCAUCGUACCCCAAAACAAAGCGGCACGGUCCUUAGUGGUAAACUCAUGCAUUUUCCGACAUUUAGCCGACGCUCUUUUUAUAUUAAUUCUGCUGGAUAUUUAACCAAUUCAAGCUUUGUUCCGGUGCUUAAGGCGACUAUGGCAGUGCCACUAACGGGCAUCAAACCUGCAACCUCUGUUAUGAGCCCAGUUCCCUUACCGUGAUAAUGCACUGCACAGAUGCUUUGUCUCGAUCACUGCAAAACAACAACAAAAAAAAGAAUGACUUCUGCUUCAGGGCAGCAUCUGUUCUUUAGAGAUGUGAUUACAUCCUGAAUUUCCUGAUUAAUGAAGAAAUGCUUUUUGGGUAUUGGAGUUUGUUAAACAUCAGCGUUUGGAAAUGUGCCUUGAUUUUUGUGCUUUAGAAAUGGCCGCCUCAGCCCUGCUGAAUUACACUGUUGGGGGGUUAGGGUUCCGCUUUCUUACCGGGGUCCAGCUAAUGAGGGCUUGUGCCAAAAACCCAGAACGGGAUGGGCAAGCCUGAUGUCCCCUGGAAACCAACUUCAGUUCCUGUAAAUAGAUGUAUGUGAUUUAUGUUGAAUCUUCCAAUGUAAUUAUUUGUGAGAAAUGAGCUUGUACAGCAUUGUUAUGUUGUAAUAUUUAUCAUUAAAAUAUUUAUAUAUGUGCACAGUCAA